ACCUUGUCAGUAGUGUCAGCGCAGAGCAGAGAAGUGGGUUUCCAUUGUGGCGAGGAUUUAGUUUACACUUUGUACUGUUAUAUAAUUUCGUCUUUGUUGGGUGUCUUUGGCGGCGUGUUCUUCUCUCGGUUGUUAAUUACUCGCCGUUCAUCCCGGAAUGGCCGAACCGAGCGCCAGAUAUCAGCAGCUUCCCAAUGAGGAGGACGCAGAAGAGAAUCCACAGGUAGCAGCUGAUGCGCCACCACCAUACAGCAGCAUCGCAGCAGACAAUGCUGCUUACUUUGACUACAAGGAGGACGGGGUUUUCCCUAAGCCUCCAUCAUACAACGUAGCAACUACGCUACCUUCCUAUGAUGAAGCUGAACGAACCAAGGCGGAGACUACUGUUCCCCUGGUAACUGGAAGAGAUGACGACUUCGUGACCAGAGACGACUUUGAAGAUGCCGAUCAGCUGAGGAUAGGAAACGAUGGCAUCUUCAUGCUCACUUUCUUCAUGGCAUUCCUGUUCAACUGGAUCGGUUUCUUCCUGUCUUUCUGUCUGACCACCUCGGCAGCCGGACGAUACGGGGCCAUCUCAGGCUUUGGACUCUCCCUCAUCAAAUGGAUCCUCAUAGUCAGGUUCUCCACAUACUUCCCUGGCUACUUUGAUGGACAGUACUGGCUGUGGUGGGUGUUCCUGGUGUUGGGCUUCUUGCUUUUCCUCCGAGGAUUCAUCAACUAUGCCAGAAUCCGCAAAAUGGCCGACACCUUCUCCACCCUGCCCCGCACCCGAGUCCUCUUCAUCUACUGAGCCCACAAACCACCAGUCUCCUUCAUUAAUUUUUCUCUCUCUUUUUUUUUUUUUUUCAGUGAGCCAUACUGUCUGACGUUAUCCAAUCAGAAAGGGGGAAAAAAAAAACAAACCCAAAAGCAUUUUUUCUCCCCCCUCUGUUUGACAUGAUUUGGACAAUACGACGUCUGUUGUCCCCCUCUUGGUGUAAAACAGUGAAUGCUGAGAAAUCUGUAAAACCCUUCAGUUAUUAGUGGUGAACUGUCAAGUGCUAUUUGCAAUUAUGAAGUGUGUAAUGUAUAAAUUAAUGCCUUAUUUACUAUUUUAUUCUGUGGGUAGCAGCAGCAUGCACUGUUCUCCUAUUUAGCCACCAGGGGGCAGUCUUGUUUGUGUUAUUUUUCACAAGUCUUCUAUCCGAUGAAGUCAUUUGUAUAGAAAAAAGUGGUUCUCAGCCCAGGGAUCAGUGGGUAAUUUUGGGGUUAUGGGUUGAUUUACACAAUGUGAGAUAAUAUAUUUCCAGUACCAAUUUAAUGUGCUUUUAACCCUUCUGACCAAUGCUUUGUGUUCCUUGUGAAACAGUACAAAAUUCAGGUAAUAGAAGGCUGUAAAGGGAAAAUGAUUAGCUUUUCGUGGGUUGUAUAGAAGAUCAGGGGCCAGGUUUCCCCUCAAAGCAUUUUUCCUCAUGUAUUUAUGAAUUGCCCAUAUGCUCUCUUGUAAUUAGGAAUGCUGUUUCCUUAUGUGCUAUAGGUGUAUAUCAGCUGCAGGGAUGUUAAGGGAAGUCAGGAGCAGAGCUUCUGGGGCAGGCUGAGGGUCACUGCCUUGCUCAAGGACAAGUAGAUAGUCUGUCACUGGAAUUAAAUGUGCAAUUGGACACUUCUGGUCAAAUAUACGAUUCCCUAUUUCUGUCACUGGCACCCAAUUGGUGUCCACUGAGAGGAAAGAAAUACCAGAUGUGAUUGCAGACCCUGCCCUGUGAAGAGCAAGGGGUGUAUUCAUUCAGACAAGACUUCUUUUUUUUCUUUGACAUAACAAUGAAAUAUUCAAGAUAAAUCUUUUUUAGUUUACCCUCAUUCUAGUGGAAAUGGAAUGAUUGUUUUUUUUUCUAUUGCAAGAAUUUUAAGUAUCUGGCUUGGAAACUGUUUGGAAUUAAACUUGAGAAGCACA